GUAAUCGACCAUAAUUGUAAUGGUGAAUAAUUGUUAGCUACAUGUCAUUGUUGCCCAAAACACUUUCAGGGAGUUCAGGGGGACUGAACCUCCUUUGCAGGGAUAAUUACUUAAUCGUCUUCCUUAAUGAUGGACUACGAAUUCAAACUGAAAACAGCGUCAGAACGUGCCAAAGUAGAAGACUUGUUUGAUUACGAGGGUUGUAAAGUCGGUCGCGGGACGUACGGUCAUGUUUACAAAGCUCGGAGAAAAGAUGGGUCUGAUCCAAGAGAUUAUGCCUUAAAACAGAUAGAAGGGACAGGCUUGUCUAUGUCUGCUUGUAGAGAAAUUGCUUUGCUACGUGAAUUAAAACAUUCAAAUGUGAUAAACCUCAUUAGAGUCUUCCUUUCCCAUAAUGACAGGAAAGUCUUUUUGCUAUUUGAUUAUGCUGAACAUGAUCUAUGGCACAUAAUAAAAUUCCACAGAGCAGCUAAAGCAAACAAGAAACCGGUAAUGGUUCCUAAAGGAAUGGUAAAAUCCCUUCUAUAUCAGAUCUUAGAUGGAAUUCACUAUCUGCAUUCCAAUUGGGUGCUACACAGAGACCUGAAACCCGCAAAUAUCCUCGUAAUGGGUGAAGGACCAGAAAGAGGCAGGGUAAAGAUUGCAGACAUGGGUUUUGCUAGACUGUUUAAUGCACCAUUGAAACCACUGGCAGACUUGGAUCCAGUGGUUGUAACAUUCUGGUAUCGGGCGCCUGAAUUGCUUUUAGGUGCUAGGCACUAUACUAAAGCUAUAGAUAUUUGGGCAAUAGGAUGCAUAUUCGCUGAGCUUCUAACGUCAGAACCUAUAUUUCAUUGUCGGCAAGAAGAUAUUAAAACUAGUAAUCCAUAUCACCAUGACCAACUAGAUAGGAUAUUCAAUGUGAUGGGUUUUCCCUUAGAAAAAGACUGGGAAGAUAUCAAGAAAAUGCCAGAACAUCCAACAUUGCUCAAAGAUUUCAAAAGGGCUAAUUAUUCCAAUUGUUCACUAGUAAAGUACAUGGAUAGGCAUAAAAUCAAACCAGAUAGCAAAGCAUUCCAUUUGCUUCAGAAACUACUUCUGAUGGAUCCUACAAAAAGAAUCACGUCCGAACAAGCUAUGCAAGAUGCCUAUUUCCAGGAAGAACCACUCCCAACUCAGGAUGUUUUUGCUGGAUGUCAGAUUCCUUACCCAAAGAGAGAAUUUCUUACUGAUGAUGACAACGAAGACAAGUCAGAGAAUAAGGCUCGGCAGAAUCAGCCUCAAAAUGUAUCCCUCUGACCUGCCCUGAAAAGGAGCUAGUUGAGAGGAGGAACAAAAGAUAAGAUACAUUCCAUCAACGUCCGUGAGACAGCAUGGUAGUAACGUGCUAAUUUCAUUCUUUGUUUGAGAGAUAUUUUCUAGUUUGACAGUAUUAUCUGAAGCACUCUCUUUGCAUCUAAAAAGAGUAAGCACCAUGUCUGACAUACUUUUCUGAGUUAUACGGACUAUUUCAUUUUACAAGAUUUUUUUUUAUAUGUGAUAAAUGUAAAACAGUGGUGCUCUGUGUUGAAGUGUUAUGUUUGUGGCUACAGAAUGCUGUUACACCUAUAUGCUAAUGGCCACACUUUCAGUUUUUUAUAGUAGAUGUUGAAUUGAAAUGCUCUCAAGACAAAAGUAUUGUUGCUUGAAAAUAUUAUAAGCAUUUUAUACAAGGUUCAAAGGACUAAACCAUGGUCCUGUAUGUGUUAAAGCAGUAAGACCUGAAGAUUUUAACGAGUCCUCAUAGCCUUAUUUCAACAGGUGCAAGUAAAAACACUCAACUUUAACAUAUUUUGAACUAAGUCCAUGGAGCAGAGAUUUCCUUGAGAAGUUAGUUUUGAUAUUCUCUGUAAUAUUUUCCCAUACACCAAUGAUGUCCACAUUAGCGGGUUUUUCUUAACCUGAUUCUCUUUUCUGGUUUUCACAUUAUUUAGCUCCUUGAGCUUGAAUCUCACCAUGUCACACUAUUGCAAUGUUUGUUUACUUUCUGACAGUCUCUUCCUAACUCUUGAAGCCAUCAGAUGGUGGUUAGUAUCACAGUCGGUGGUGCCAUAGCUCACGCUUCCCACCGCGGUGGCCUGGGUUCGAUCCUGGGUCUGGUCAAGUGGGAUUUGUGGUGGAAAAA